GUUAUAUUCACAGGCAAUACGAAAGAAGGUUUAUUUGCCAAUAGCCAUGACCUGAACGAUCUGCCUUGUAAUACUUGGUGAAACAAACAAUUCCCCGUCGUAUCAUUCUGUAACAGAAGAACGCUUGAAUUCGUGCGUAUUACGAUCUCAAUCGGAAGCGUUUGUCGAAAUAGCAGAGAAUCAAUUACUAGAAUCUUGUAAUUUAGGAAAGGAAACUACCGGUUUAUUAAAACUUAAUUAAAGAAGAAUCAUGUUUGCUUUAAAAAACCUGCGAUUAUCAUUCCCAAGGAGCUCAUUUCAAGCAGUUAAAUUUGGUCCAAGACUUUCGCGACGUAAUGCGUUUCCUCUUGCCUUUCAAAUGCCCUCAUCCAGAAGUAUAUGGAUAAGGUCGGAGGAGACACCAAACGAAAACGCUAUUAAGUUUUUGCCUGGACUUGAUAUACUUCCACCUACUAUCGGUACUCUGGAGUAUAUGAGAACUCAAGAAUAUAACAACUCUCCCCUCGCUGAAAAGCUCUUCGAGAUUCCUGGCGUCAAAAGCAUAUUUUUUGGUAGAGAUUUCAUUACAGUUUCCAAAGAUGAAUCUCAAUCUUGGACCCAAUUAAAGCCAGAAGUUUUUAGCACCAUAAUGGAACACUUAAGUAACGGAGAGUCCGUUCUGGCUGGUGACCCACUGAAUGGUCCUAGUGAUACCCAAAUUUUGGAGUCGGAUUCUCAAACCGUUGCUAUGAUCAAAGAACUUCUUGAAACUAGUAUUCGUCCAUCUAUUCAAGAAGACGGUGGGGAUGUCGAAUUUCGAGGGUUUGAUGAGGAGACAGGCAUGGUUUCGUUAAAAUUGCGUGGCGCUUGUCGUUCUUGUUCUUCAUCAGCAGUGACUUUAAAGAGUGGCAUUCAACAAAUGUUGAAUCACUAUAUCCCCGAAGUGCGAGAGGUUAAUCAGGUCCUGGAUCCCGAAGAAGAAGUCGCGAUAUCAGAAUUUGAAAAGUUUGAAAAACGAAUUCAUCAAAACGAACAGAAAGAGGACAAGUAAAAGAAAAAUAUGCUGUGAGUAUGCCCUUCAACGGUUUUGGAAAUGAUAUAACAAAGCAAAAAACAUUGUAAUAGAUUAUGACUAAUGAAUAAACUUCUACAUUUUGUUGUAUGUACAUUUCGAGACUGAAACACAUAGUUGAACCAGACAAAACUUGAGGAAUAACAACACACCCAUACAAUUUGAUUCGUAAAAUACAAAAAUA